AUGGUUGCAACUGCUGCAACAUCCUCGUUUUUUCCUGUUACUUCAUCCUCUGACAUUGCUGGAAAACCCUCCAAACAUGGAGCUACCUCUGUUAACCUUGGAGGAUUCAAAUCCAAACAAACCUCUAAUGGAAUAAACCUUAAGGCAAAUGCGUCCCCUUCCAAAACCAACGGAACCACAGUGUUUGCUGCAACGCCGGUCAAGGUUGAAAAUGAUUCAAUAUCACAACAACAUCAUCAAAGGACAUUCAUCAAUCAGUUGCCUGAUUGGAGCGUGCUCCUUGCUGCCGUUACAACAAUUUUCCUUGCUGCUGAAAAGCAGUGGACCACGCUUGAUUGGAAGCCCAGACGACCUGAUAUGCUCGCUGACCCUUUUGAGACGUUAAUGAAUCAUUUGCAGGAAACUGCACUUAAUCAUGUUAAGACUAUUGGGCUUCUUGGGGAUGGCUUUGGUUCUACACCAGAAAUGUGCAAAAAGAACCUGAUAUGGGUUGUAACUCGAAUGCAAGUUGUGGUUGAUCGUUACCCGGUGUGGGGUGAUGUUGUUCAAGUAGACACUUGGGUUUCUGCAUCUGGAAAGAAUGGUAUGCGUCGUGAUUGGGUUGUGCGUGAUAUCAAAACAGGUGAAGUCAUGACAAGAGCAUCCAGUGUUUGGGUAAUGAUGAAUAAGCUGACAAGGAAACUGUCUAAAAUUCCAGAGGAAGCCAAAGAAGAGAUAGAGCCUUAUUUUGUUAAUUCUAAUUCAGUUGUGAAUGAGGAUAAGAGAAAGCUAACUAAACUUGAUGAUACGGCUGAAUAUAUUCGUACUGGUUUAAGUCCCAGAUGGAAUGAUCUAGAUGUUAAUCAGCAUGUUAAUAAUGUGAAGUACAUUGGAUGGCUUCUGGAGAGUGCUCCGCAGCCAAUUUUGGAGAGUCAUGAGCUGCAUUCAGUGACUUUGGAGUACAGGAAGGAAUGUGGGAGGAACAGUGUACUUGAGUCCCUGACUGAUGUAACGGAUGCCGACAUAGGAAAUUUAGCUGACAGUGGAUUUGUUGAAUGCAAACACUUGCUUCGACUGGAAGAUGGUGCGGAGAUUGUGAGGGGUCGGACGGAGUGGAGACCGAAACCUGUCAACAGUUUUGAUGUUUUGAACCAGGUUCCAUCACAGAACAUAUAA